AUGGCGACCAAAUCUUCAUGUGUAUCGAUGUUUGCGGCCGCUGUGCUGAUAAUGUUCAAUAUUAUUGUCGUGUUGGUGUGCCUGACUUUGCUCGCAUUUGGAAUAUGGGCGAUUGUGUCUCCUCACACGCUGUCAGCUGUCAUUCUAACUGUUCCUUGUCCUGUCAUCAAGGCUCUGUUACCCCCGCACGUGGUGACGGCGCACCUCGGAGCGGCGGCGGUGGUGGUAGCUACCGUCGCGGGAUGUAUAGCGUGCAUGGGGCUGCGUGGUGCCAUCAACGGGUCACCCUUCUUUCUGUUCAUGUACACCUCCUUAGUUCUGCUUCUUCUCCUGCUAGAAUGUUCCUUAUUCUAUUACUUCUCAAGCAGUUUGGUUGAGAAAGGCUUGCAGGAACAAGAUGGACAGUGGACACACGCACUGAGAUUAGUUUUUACAUGCUGCGAGUAUAAUUCCAGUUCACCUGCAGAAGUGGCUCGCCCCUGGUCGUGUUGUGGAGUGAAUGGAUACCCGGAUAAUUGUACCAUCCAGGAAGCCUACGAUAAGGACUGCCGUGUAACGAUCUCCGCCUGGUUGAACCAGUACCAGACCACAGUAUACGUGUCGUUAGCAGCAGCUCACAUAAUACUGUCGUCCUGCUCUAUCCUAAGACGGCGGAGUGCCUCUCGCUCGUACAGCUAGCGAUCGGAGCGACGCGCGGAUAGACGCGCGUCGCCUUCACCCGUGGUUCGCAAACUCGCCUGGCCAAACUCCCGCGUGGGGCCAGCUGACGAUGACGUCAUAGUGCUCGUACUCGGACGAGGACGGCUCGGGUGGCUGGACCGGCUUGAAAAUAAGUGAUUCUAAAGACAAAGUGAAGGUAGUGGGCAGGGCUCGACUGACUCCUGGUGUGGACAGUGCCAUAUGAGAGAGAAAGAAGUGAUGUGAUGACGUCAUAGUGCUCGUACUCGGACGAGGACGGCUCGGUUGGCUGGACCGGCUUGAAAAUAAGUGAUUCUUAAGACAAAGUGAAGGCAGUGGGCAGGGCUAGACUGACUCCUGGUGGGGACAGUGCCAUAUUAAAGUGAAAGAAGUGAUGUGAUGACGUCAUAGUACUCGGACGAGGACGGCUCGGGUGGCUGGACCGGCUUGAAAAUAAGUGAUUCUAAAGACAAGGUGAAGGCAGUGGGCAGGGCUCGACUGACUCCUGGUGUAGACAGUGCCAUAUGAGAGGGAAAGAAGUGAUGUGAUGACGUCAUAGUACUCGUACUCGGACGAGGACGGCUC